CCUACUAAAAUUCUUGAAAUAAGCCAAAUUCGAAGUGAAAUUUCAUAUCAAUAUCAAGUUAAAAAAGUUAUUCAAUUUGAUCAACAAAUAAAAAGACUUUAUAUUUUAACUCCAAUUAUUAAUAAUAAUACUAGUGACUCUGAAAAUGAAUCUACCAAAGAUUUUCAAACUAAUAAUAAAAAGAAUUUAGUAGUAAGUGAUAAUAAUGAUAUAGAAAAUAAUGAUAAUAAUGAGAUAAUGGAACUAAAUACUGAAAAAAAUCAAGAAUUUUUAGUAGAAAUAUAUGAUAUUUAUUUAGCAGAAUAUUUAGAUAUAAAAUGUGAGUUAUCAAGUCUUUUUAUUGAUAGUUUAGAGUCACUAGCAUUCAUUGAAUUUUUUAUGAAUAGUUA